UGAAUACAUCGAAAAUUCAUAAAUCUCAACAUUUUGGUUUGUUUUUUAACACUUAUUAACAUAUUACAUCAAUCUGGUGUAUAUCAACCAUUCAAUAAGUAAGAACUAAUCAGGUGAUGUCUAAUGACAAAUUGGGAUCAGCUCAAUAACAAUAACUUGAAGCAGGUGUGGAUCAGUUUAUCAAAUAUAAAUCCUGCUCAAGUGGACGAUUGUUGGAUUUGUAUCACAACCUGUGGACUGUGGAUUUCUAUUCGAAAUGACUGGACAUUGUGUACACUUGUGCUAGUGGAUGGUGGACACAGUAUUUACGUACCAAUACGAGACUUCGCACAUACGGGCAAGUCCAGGGAUGUACUUCCUGUGAACAAAUCUUCCAAAUGGUCAUAUUAUUUACACUAUAACCGAUAAAAUCAUUAAACCAAUUUGGAAUUGAAGACAUUAAACAUUUUCUGCUCGAUGCAUCUGAUUGUAUCUGAGUAUAAAUGUAUAUUUUCAACAAUGUAAUUCCCGUACAGGCCGCAUAUACCUUGACUGUAAAUGUGUGGGGACUGAAAUCAAAACUGUUUAUUCUUCAGCGAAAAUAUCAAAUAAAUAGUGUUUAUAUUUAAGGAUAAACCAUUAAGAUUGUUGUUGAUUUGAGGAUAAUCCCCAAAUUUUGUGAGAUGCAAGAGAGGUUUAACAUAAGUCCCAUGAGGAACCACGUGACCUACCUGUAUAUUGGUCUAUUAACACGAGAGGAAGUAAAUAAGGGAAGUAAAUAAGGGUGUGUAUGUGAAUUUGCUACGGACUGCCCUUGUAAAACAUCUUAUUCAUACAUAUACACGAACUGCAGUAGGAUUUACCGUUUUACGUUAAAGUAUAUCGACCGCUCUAUUUACAGUAUUUUAUUUUAAGCCUCAUAUGAAUUUCAAGUUUUAAGUGUUCGGCUACUAGAUCGUAUCAAUAUUCUACACGCUCGUGUUGUCAGGACAUACUGCUUCUUUGGUAUGCUACAUAAUUCGAUGGAUUACAACAAUUAUAAUCAACUAUGACAUCAUAUGACAAUUAAUCAAGAAGAGGAAAUAGUUAUUAUCAAGCGGACUAUCUAAUCUUGAUCAUCAUUGAACAGAUUGUAAUAAAAUCGGAUAUUGUACAACAAAAUAAUCCAAAAUAAUGGCGCAAUGCCCGGCCCUUUCAAGUUUCACAGGUCCACCCACUGUGAUUACAUUAAACAACGUCCAUUGGUUACAACUGGACACGUAUGUGAGAACUGAGGGAACCGUUGUUAAUAUCAACUGUUACUCAACACAUACACUCUCCGGGGCAUCACGAUUGACAUGUAUCAACAAAGCUGGUGUUACAGAUUGGGAUAGUCCUAUUCCUACUUGUGAACCAAAACAGACGUCGGACACUGGUAUUGAUACGUCAUCAGGUACAAUAUUCGACAAUAUGACUGAAGAACAGAAGAUCAUAACGGGAGUGGCCAUAGCUGUUGGGAUUUUGGUCUUGCUUGUCUUGAUUCUCCUUAUUAUUUGUGUUUGUUGCUGGCAAAGGAAGAAAAAGAACAAGAUCGUUAAACACAUCUACUCAUCAGAUUACAGAGACGAUUAUAGGGACUGGGAUCUCAGGGACCAUUCUGAAUCUUCCUCGUACCACCACAGAGUAAAAAAUGGCCCACCUCCAGCAAUAGCCUAUAACAGCAGUUACGAUAAUUUACACACAAGACAAGAACCAAGAACGUAUUCAGUGCAUGACGAUCAGCCAAGACAUCAAGUUGCAAGACAACCACAGGAUAUCCAAUGGGUCGAGGAAGUAAUUCGUAGACCUAUCAUUACACCUGCAAACAGUUAUGUGGAGCAAGUUCCCAUGACAGACCGUAUAGUUGCUCCAACAAACACUGGCUUCCCUCCUGGCUACGACAGACCUAGAUCCUCAGAAAUCAGUAGUAUGUUUACUAUACCUAGACCUAUAACGUCCCAUCAAAAGACUCACGAUUACAGAUAUCCAACUCCAAGUUAUUACACAAAUGCGGAUACUUUCUACUAGGGGAUGAAUAUUGAACACGUCACUGAACACUCUCAAAUUGCUUCAACUCUUUGUGUUCAAUCACUGGACUGAUGAUAACAUAUUAACGCAAUAAGCUUUCUGCAUUUGGGGACGGAUGAAACCCGGAUAUCGACGUGAGACCCGGAUAUUCGUACUG